AUGGCGGCGGCGGCGGGCGGCGCGGCGGCGCUGGCGGCGGCGCUGCACGGGGCGCGGGCCCUGCGCUUCGGCCACUUCGUGCUCAAGAGCGGCCUCGCCUCCCCCGUCUACGUGGACCUGCGCGUCGUCGUCUCCCACCCGCUCCUGCUGCGCCAGGUAGCAGAUCUCCUGUUUCAAACUGCAAAAGAUGCUGGUCUCAAGUUUGAUUCCGUGUGUGGUGUUCCUUACACGGCACUGCCCUUGGCCACGAUCGUCUGUGCAACGCAUCAGAUUCCCAUGCUUAUACGGAGGAAGGAAGCAAAAGACUAUGGUACGAAGCGGCUGGUAGAAGGCGUCGUUAAUCCGGGAGAAACCUGCUUGAUCAUUGAAGAUGUGGUAACAAGUGGAUCUAGUGUACUGGAAACUGUAGAAGUCCUUCAGAAAGAAGGAAUCAAAGUCACUGAUGCGGUAGUGCUGUUGGACAGGGAGCAGGGUGGGAAGGCCAGGCUAGGAGAACGUGGAAUUCGCCUGCACUCUGUCUGCACGUUGUCCGAGGUGUUAGAGAUUCUCCAACAGCAGGGAAAAGUAGACGCCGAGAUGGUUGAAAAGGUGAAGAAAUUUAUUCAGGAAAGUGUGUUUGAGCCAUUGACUCAGAACGGUCCUGCCCCUGUGAAAAGAAUCUGUAAAGAGCUGAGCUUCAGCGCUCGUGCUGAGCUACCUGGGAUACAUCCUGUUGCAGCCAGACUUCUCACGCUUAUGGAAAAGAAACAAACAAAUUUGUGCCUUUCUGCUGAUGUCACCGGCUCCAAAGAGCUCCUGCAGUUAGCUGCCAGCCUGGGCCCCAGCAUUUGUAUCCUAAAGACUCACAUAGACAUCCUGAAUGAUUUUACCCAAGAGAUAGUAAAGGAGUUGAGAGCACUUGCAGACCAGCAUGAAUUCUUGAUUUUCGAAGACAGGAAAUUUGCAGACAUUGGAAACACAGUGAAACAUCAGUAUGAAGGUGGUGUAUUCAAAAUAGCAUCCUGGUCAGAUGUGGUUAAUGCUCAUGUGGUUCCAGGCUCUGGAGUAGUAAAAGGACUGAAGGAAGUAGGUUUUCCUUUACAGCGAGGCUGUCUUCUGAUUGCCGAGAUGAGUUCCCAAGGGUCGCUUGCCACUGGUGACUACACAAAAGCUGCAGUGCAGAUGGCUGAAGAAAACUCAGAUUUUGUUUUUGGAUUCAUAUCUGGAUCGAGAGUUAGUAACAGACCAGAAUUUCUUCACUUAACUCCAGGGGUACAGAUACAAGCUGGAGGUGAUAACCUAGGACAGAAGUACCUAAGCCCAAAAGAAGUCAUUAGCGAAAAAGGUUCGGACAUCAUUAUUGUGGGACGUGGCAUUUUGUCUGCCUCAGACCGCCUCCAAGAAGCAGAGAAGUACAGGAAAGCAGCAUGGGAGAGCUAUAUAAGCAGGCUUGGUGCUCAUGCGUGAGGUUGAAUUAAGGUCGUUUUUUUCCAGUGAAUAAGCAAAGCUCAUGCAGCAGUCAAGAUGGAGCUGAAAUUGUAACAAGACUUUCUCUCAAUUAAAUAGAUAAAUGUUUGGUAUUAAGUCAGUAGAAAACUAUGCCCUUCUGGAGAAAUCUCUUGCUGACUGAGUGUUUUUUUUUUUAAUUGUGAGCACACACACAGACAAAAUUGUACUUGCCAUGACUGUUUUUUCUGGUAUUGAAUAUAUGAAACCAAAACUUGAUGCCAGUUUUUAGCCUAAGUGCUUUUCUCUGCUGAAAAAUGUUAAAUGAAAACACUCCGAGGGGUGCUUGCCCGACUGUUGCUGCUCUUUGUUUCUUCUUUCCACCCUCAAAUUCCUUCUGGCUGUGGAAACAGUAUUUUACUGUUCUCAGUAAACUUCACCUGCGGUAUGGACUGCUCGGCUCUGCCAUUUCCAAGGAGCAAGUAUCAAUCUGAAUCCCACACUGUGAAGCUGAAAAACGUGCUGGUGAAUAAACAAAUUUGCUGCUGUUUUCCAUCAGUUGAAUAUGUAAGUCGUUGUGCCAGUGUGAAAUACUGUUAAUUUUCAGAACCAAGGCAUUAUAAAAUAAUUCAUUCUAUGUGUUUGUGAAUGCAGAAAUUACUCAUGAUGCUGCUUAAAAUGUGCUCUGACAAAAGUUUUUGCAGUUCUUUAAUGUUCGCUUAGCUACUGUGCAGCUGUUGACAGGUUCCUCCAACGAGCAACAAAAAUGUACAUUCUGCUGAUUGACCCUAUGUAAAAAAUAAUUGGAAUACUUCCUGGAAUUACUUUAUAUUCUUUUGGAUUGUGAGGAAGGGAAGUAGAGAAAUGUCAUGUAUGAUGAGUUUUGAUUAAAAGGGGUGGGAUCAUCUCAGAUAUAUCUAAUGUGUGUGAUGAAAAUCAGCUUUAAUUUUUAUUGUUACCAUGAAAAAUGUAAAGAACACAAAGAAAUGGUUCUAGAUCACUGUUUUUUCUAUGCUGAUGCAAAAAACAUACACAAAGCUGGAUCCCUUUUUAGAUGCGUUUACCUAUUGCCUGGUACCAACUGCAUUCAGUGAGGCAUGUCUUCUCUCUUUAGUAAUGGACUCUCCCCAGUGUUUCUGAAGAAGAAAUUAGAGUUAUGCUGAAGUUUGAAAGGAUAAGUUUUUGCUGGUUAUGAGUUGUUUCCAUCUGUGCAGAAUACUUAAGAGAAGAGAAUCAGACCUUUAAUUUGAGGGCUCAACCUUAUGCUGCUUGUAUUUGUGACUGGCUCCAAUGACAGACUUCAGAAACUGAAGGACUGAAAAGCUUUCUAGCUCCCUGGGUCUGUUGCAGCUAAGCUAAGAUGUACCUUUCCUUUAAAAUGAGCAGAGGAUUUGGAAUCUGUUUAUUAUUUCAUCUUAAUUAUCUGAUAGCCUUGAGGCCUGUCAAAAGCAAGACUUUGUCACUUAACUCCUUUGCAGAAAACUGCUUUCUCCAGCAGAGGGAGCUGGGACUCUAUUCAGAAUAAUUGAUGCUGUAGCUCUUCUGUGGCUCAUAGUUUCCAUUGAUAAUACCAAUGUUAAAUAUGCUUAAGAUGAACAUCUGUCUGGUUUCCACAAAUUACAUCCUUACACCCCUAAUUUAAAGUAGUAGAGUUUACCAAAUAGUUGCCUCAGGUUGGGGUCCAAUUCUGUCUGUUGUAAUAGGGUCACUACUGUUACAGCACGAACAGGGUUUUGCAAUUUCAGUAUUUUCCACCAACUAUGCAAAAUUUCAUUAAGUGUGUGACUGAGAUCUACACCACUAAAACCCCGAGCAGAAUCUUCUGAGAACUAAUUUGUCAGGCUUCCUAGUGGAAAGAUUACGUCUCUGGCAACUUUUUGGAGCGGUUGAUACAAUCUAACAUCCAGACCCUUUUUAGAAAACCUUUGCAGUGCUUUCUUUGUGAAAGAAGUUCCAAGGAACAGAUUUAGAAACUUGAUUUCACGAGUCUUAGUUGUGCAAUCCAGCAAAUAAUAUGGAAAGAGUUGUUUUCUGGUGUUUCAGUUGACACUGUCACAAACAUCAGUAAGUAACACAGAAGCGUGUCACCUCCUCUGUGCACUCUUGUGUCAGAAUGAUUAUGGUAAAUGAGUGCAUGCACUUUCUUUGAGGUACCUGAAAAUGAUAAAAAUCCAUUUCAAAUUCAGAACAAAUGUUAAUUUCCUUGCUCACCCCUGCUGCUCACAUUCAGAGCAUGGGGACGUCCCUGCUGUUGGUGUUGUUUCUAACAUGGGAACUAGGUCACAAUUUACAAAACUCAUUUGCAUCAUAAUACAUGAAACUGGAAGAGUCCUACAGUUCGUUCUCUGAUCGGAUUGGAGUCUGGGCUAGAGGAAUAUGGCUAUAUUUAAAUUUGUUGGUUGCCAUGUGACCUAUAUUAUCGGGCAACUAGAUAUUUAUAUGAAAUUGGUGUCCUUAAUCCACUCUGAAGUACUGUUGAUAAUGGAAUGAAAGGAAAUUGAACUUUUCUUAGUGAAAUUAUGAUCAAGUAUUGUCAGUGCUUGCAACAGAAAUGGGGGCUGACUUGCUGCUAUUUCUGAGCAAGUCGUAGUAGAGACUGCAUGGGAGAUCUGCACAAGUGGGAAGCAUAAAGGGAUUGUUUUGGAGCUUCUGUGAUGUGUGUGUGAAGUUCAGUGGAUUGGUGGGUAUAUGCGUGGCACAAGGAGUACUCUGAAAUGCUUGGGCACUUUAGUAUAACUUCAUAAGCACAGUGCUUUAUUCAGGCUUAAAAUUGUCGCAGAAACAGUUGUCUUGAUAAAGCCAUCUCUGAAUUAAAACUUUUAUCUGAGUUAAAAA